AGCUCCUCUUUAUUCACUUAUUACAUAACCUUCGUCUCCAUCGCACGCCCACCCUUCCCCUUUACCCUAAUAACCUCCCAAUCUCACUUCAGAUUGGAAUCGCAUCAACGCACAUCCACCAGCCAUGGCGAUGCGCCACCUCCUCAAGCUAUCUCGCCGCUCUCACCGAGCUUUAGCAGCCACCACCACCAUCUCCAGAUCCGCUUCGACCGCCACCGCCGUCUCCAGCGUCUCCGACACGCCCACACCAGCUCCACCACAUCCUCAUCAAAUGAUCUACGAUCGUGUUGCCGAAGAAGUCAAAUCGAAGCUCAAGCGACUCGAAAACCCCGACCCUAGGUUCCUCAAACACAACUCGCCUUACCCUACCCUAACCGAUCACACAUCUAUCCUCACCUACCCCGAGACUCGAGUCACCACUCUUCCUAACGGUCUCCGUGUUGCCACCGAGUCUAAUCUCGCCUCCCAGACGGCUACCGUUGGCGUAUGGAUCGAUGCAGGGUCACGGUUUGAGACGGAAGAGAACAAUGGUGUUGCUCAUUUCCUGGAGCAUAUGAUAUUUAAAGGGACAUCGAAAAGAUCGGUUAGGGAUUUGGAGGAGGAAAUUGAGAAUAUGGGAGGCCAUUUGAAUGCGUAUACCUCGAGGGAACAAACAACUUAUUACGCCAAAGUCAUGGGCGGAGACGUGCCUAAGGCGCUUGAUAUUCUAUCAGAUAUAUUGCAGAACUCGACUUUUGAUGAAAGAUUGAUCAAUCGUGAGCGUGGUGUUAUUCUACGUGAGAUGGAAGAGGUGGGAGCACAGACAGAAGAAGUAAUCUUUGAUCAUUUGCAUGCUACUGCUUUCCAAUACACUCCCCUCGGAAGGACCAUUCUUGGACCUGCUGAAAACAUCCAGAAGAUAACAAAGAAAGAUAUCCAAGAUUACAUUUCAACCCACUAUGCAGCUCACAGAAUGGUAAUUUCAGCUUCUGGGGCUGUUAAGCAUGAGGAGCUUGUAGACCAGGUGAAGAGCAUGUUCACAAAACUAUCAGCCAAUCCCAUGACCACAACACAAUUGGUAGCAAAGGAGCCUGCAAUUUUCACUGGAUCAGAGGUUCGUAUGAGGGAUGAUGAUAUGCCUCUUGCUCAAUUUGCUGUUGCCUUUAAUGGAGCAUCGUGGACAGAUCCUGAUUCUAUUGCUUUGAUGGUGAUACAAGCUAUGCUUGGAUCAUGGAACAAAUCUGCAGGAGCUGGGAAACAUAUGGGCUCACAGCUUGCUCAGCUGGUGGGGAUUAGUGAACUUGCAGAGAGCAUGAUGGCCUUUAACACAAACUAUAAAGACACUGGGCUAUUUGGUGUCUAUGCUGUUGCUAAGCCUGAUUGCUUGGAUGACUUAGCUUUUGCAAUAAUGCAAGAAAUUAGCAAACUUUGUUACCGAGUCACAGACGAUGAUGUUAUUCGUGCUCAAAAUCAGCUUAAAUCUUCAUUGCUUCUUCACAUUGAUGGAAGCAGUCCUAUUGCUGAGGACAUUGGACGACAGUUGAUUACUUAUGGACGUAGAAUCCCAUUUGCUGAGUUAUUUGCAAGAAUCGAUGCAGUUGAUGCUGCCACAAUCAAACGUGUAGCUAACAGAUUCAUAUUCGACCAGGACAUAGCGAUUGCAGCAUCAGGGCCAGUGAAGCUACUGCCAGAUUACAAUUGGUUCCGUCGUCGUACUUACAUGCUCCGUUAUUAGACACACACUUUUGAUUUAUUUGUGGUUGUGGUUGUGGUUGUGGUCAUUUAUUUUUACAAUGAGGCAUCAUAUCAUAUGCUUUGCUAAAGUCCCCAAUUGUAUGGAGGGUAAGACACAAAUUUUAUGAUUUCUUUCCAAGCUAGAAUAAAGCCAAGGCUUUUUUUGUAUUGCCUCUGUACAAGUUGAAUUUUUCACUUUAUACAACCAAAAUGUAUACUGUGCUA